AUGGCACAAAGCUUCUAUAACCUCCGCAACGGGGGUUUGGCUGACAAGGCACUCCUUGUCAUGGUUCAUCGCAUUACCAACCAUGGCGGUCAAGCAGGAGCAAAUGCCAAGGCACUCCCUGCGGUACGUCUUUGUCGUUUGGACGAAGAACACGAUCGGACAAUAAAGCACACCUUUUCCCUUCAGAAAGAGAUUACUGCUACUAGAGCCGAAGUAACGGAGUUCCGUGAGCAACAAGCCACAAUGGAAAGGCAUAUCAUCGAGGCUGAACGUCAAGUAGCCCGAGCUAAGACUUCCACAACUACGUACCAUGGUCUGCAACGUCCUACACGCUCGGAAUAG